AUGCACCGCUGGCUGGAACCCAAUGGCUGCCAUUCAAUGGGCCCUGAUGACAUGGCAAACAAAACUUUGAUGGCCUAUAGAGCUAUGAGCAAUGACCUUGGCUGCUGGCCUGAAACUCUUACGUCAACAGAUUUCGAGGAAAAUAAGGUGCAACUUUAUGGCUGUCGGGUUCAGCCAUCGUCGCAAAUCCAGGGCUCGUUCAUACAAAACGGUCGCGAGAUAUCCGUACCUCAUACUCAUGACCAGCACACACAAAAUGCUGUGUAUCCCGGCAAUGAAGAGUUAGCAGUAGGAGAAAAGGUCGAGACGGAUGAUGUCAUAUUUGGCAUAGCUCAUCCAAUCCCCCGGCUGCCCAUCUCGUGUAUGAACGGCAGCUUCUCAUCUUUUUCCGGACCUGAACCUGAAUUUGUGGCAAUAUCACCCUUCAGUACGCCUGAUAAUUCACGCGAACCUUUGUUCAUUGACAGCAGAGCUCCACACCAAGAAUGGACAACAAGCGAAGUCGACUCAUCUGAGCUUUUCCUAACGUCAUCGGGAAAAAGAUCUGUGCCUAUUGUCAACUACUUCACUCCAGUUAGCGGGCCUGUUACGCCGCCUCCUUGGCCCACUGCUGGAGUUCAAACAGCCUGGAAUGUGCAGCAAGAAAACACUAGUCGUGGUGAUGCCUUCUGGGUGGACAUUCCAUGUGGAUUGAGCAUGAAUGGGCAUGAUGGUCACGUCGAAGAGGACUUCGAUCAUGCUCCCACUAUCAACGACAAUAUUCCUAGUUCGCCGCUGGAGGGAAACGCCUGUCAAUAUUAUGUGCAACCAACUAUGGCCCGCUGCCAAAGCAGAGUCGUGCAUGUUAGCAUCCCCUUUGUCAAAGAGCGACCCCCAGAGAAUUCAGAGCACAGCCCAGCGCAGCCCUACCAUGAUAGCCCAUGUAUACACCACUUGAUGCAUCCAACCCAUACAACCAACAGGGGAUACGUUCUCCGAGGCCAACGAGCUAGCAAACAAACUGCUUGUCACAGCAAUGGCAGAGACGAGUUUCUGGUGGAAUGUAAGCUACGCGGGCUCUCUUACAAGGACAUCAAGAGAAUUGGUGGCUUCAAAGAAGCCGAGUCAACACUUCGAGGAAGAUUUCGGACGCUCACGAAAUCCAAAGAACAGCGGGUGAGGAAACCUCAGUGGCAAGAGAAAGAUAUAAGCCUGCUGUGCCAGGCAGUGAAGGCCUGCAUGGAAGACAACAAGCAAGCCCGUAGUGGUAACGGGCCUAGCUGUCAAUCUUCGGCUACCAGUCAGCCACCCAAGGUGUCCUGGAAGAGGGUAGCCCAAUAUAUUUGGCUUCAUGGCGGCUCAUAUCACUUUGGAAAUGCCACUUGCAAGAAGAAGUGGUGCGACAUACACGGUGUGACGUUCUGGGAUUGA